AUGCUUUCGGACGCGGUGCCCAGCGGGUUCCGCGAGUAUCCACUGCAUCCCUGGGCGUUGCCCCCGCGCCUGCGAGGGGCCGGGUCACCGCCGCCGCUCCAUGCCGAUGGGAAGAAGGCCGCGCAGCCACAGUUCUCUCAUGCGAUCAUGCUGUGCCUCGUCCUUUGCCUGACGGCCCUGUUCUCCCAGCCCCUGGGUUACCUAGGAGCCGAAGUGAGGACCCUCACGCGGCGGUCAUUACCCGACGCCUGCACCCUGGUCAUGUGUGGCCCCACGGAAAAUGGCCUGCCUGGUCGCGAUGGACGGGAUGGGAGAGAGGGUCCCCGGGGCGAGAAGGGUGAUGCAGGUUUGCCAGGAGCUGUAGGGCACCCAGGGAUGCCAGGACCAGCUGGUCCAGUUGGGCCCAAAGGGGACAAUGGCUCCAUCGGGGAACCUGGACCAAAGGGAGACUCUGGACCCAAUGGACCUCCGGGACUUCCAGGUCGGCCUGGUCCAGCUGGAAGGGAUGGUCCCCCUGGGAAACAGGGAAGCACAGGACCUCAAGGCCAGUUAGGCCCCAAAGGAGAGCCGGGGCCCAAAGGAGAAGCAGGUACUCCGGGCACGCAGGGUCCUGCCGGGGCAAGAGGUCCCCCAGGCCCAAAGGGAGAGAGAGGCGCCUCUGGUGAGCGUGGAGCCCCUGGGAUUGCUGGCGCAGCAGGGCCUGCUGGUGCUGUGGGUCCACAGGGAGCUCCAGGUUCCAGGGGAACCCCAGGACUCAAAGGGGACAAAGGUGCUCCUGGAGACAGAGGAGCUAAGGGAGAAAGUGGCAUUGCAGACAAUGUCGCUUUGCAGAGCCAGGUGAGGUCCAUUAAAGGACAGCUACAGCAACUGGAGGCCGCCCUCUCUCGCUAUAAGAAAGCGGAGCUCUUUCCUAAUGGCCGAAGUGUUGGGGACAAGAUCUUCAAGACAGUGGGCUCCGAAAAGCCUUUUGAAGAUGCCAAGGCGCAGUGCGAGCAGGCUGGGGGGCAGCUGGCCACCCCGCGCUCCGAGGCCGAGAAUGCGGCCUUGCAGCAGCUCAUCACCGUCCACAACAAGGCCGCUUUCCUGAGCAUGACCCGGGUGAACUCCGAGGGCAAGUUCACCUACCCCUCGGGGGAGUCCCUGGGCUAUUCCAACUGGGUCCCCGGGGAGCCCAACAACAACGGCGGCGCAGAGAACUGUGUGGAGAUCUUCACCAACGGCAAAUGGAAUGACAGGGAUUGCGGAGAGCUGCGCCUCGUCGUCUGCGAGUUCUGA